UGUUGCCGAACUACAACGACCUUAUGUAAAUUCGCCUUAGCCAGCACCUUUUGUAAAAUCGCCUGACAUCAGUGUGCUCUAAUAGCAAAAAAAAUAAAACUUUAAAAGUGUCACCUUUUGUGGAUUCGCCUUGUUUACAGCUGUAUAGGAAGAGAGGAAAUAAUUCCCUAUUUACAUCUGGUCAAAGUGUUAUUUCUGAUAAGAGCAACAAAAUAUUAUAAAUGUGGCAAAAACAUUCAACUAAUAACAAGACUUGAAAACACAAAUGAAAGUGCAUGACAAAAAAACCUACCAUUUGACGCCACAAACAAAAGCUUGCAAAAAAAAAAAAACUUUAAAAUUCCAUAAGAUUAAACAGCUCUUAAUUUUUAUUAAUUUUAAUAAAGUAAUUAAAAUUAUAAUGAACAUUUAGCAACAAACUUGGUUUAUUAGUACAAAUUUGCGUUAAAUUUUUGUAUUUUUUAAAAUAUGCUAUUUUGUUUGCAUCGAUUGCCCUGCUAGCCAGCUUUAAAAGAACAAUUAGGUAUAAAUUUCGACACAUCCUGGAACUGUCACUGCCCUUCUAAAGAUGCUGUAUUUAUAUCCUGUGUACUCUGUGUCUGUGUAUUAUUGUUGUUGUCUGUCUAGUGAGUGAUGCUGCUAACGCGCAGACACAAUUUAACUAACUAGAAUUUAGAACACGAGUACUGAAUGCUAUAUAGCCACUAUACAGCCACCCAAACAAACAGCCCUCUCACAGACUCAUCCUUUGCCAAUGUACUUUAUACGUAAACUUAAUUGUUAGAUCUAAAAGAGCAAAAGGACUCUCGCUAAAUUAUAGAAAUAUAUACAAGAAACAGGUUUAUAGAUGCUUUCAACAAAACUCCAAGGAUUAGUAAGAAAAAACUAUUGCUUCCACAAAGAUCUAAAUUUUCUAUACAGGCAGGAUAAUUGCCAUAUAUUAAAAGAAAGCUGAAAGAAAGAAAAGAAAAAAACUAAAAGGAACUAAGUAUUAUAAUUGUAUAAAAUAUUAUACUAUAGUAACAAUGGCGGAAAAUAACAAUGAAAAUAAUACUAAUCCUAAUCCUAACCCCAAUCCUAAUAAUACAACUGCUGCUAGUUUACAGUGUGACAGUUUCUAUCAAAUAAGUGAUGAUGACUUAGAUGAUUGUGAAGAUUUACCCGAUGAUUGCCUAAUCGAUACAACAGAUGGUGCCAAUGCAUCAUCAUCAUCUAAUGCAGCUAACAAUAAUGGACAUCCACGAGGUCCCUACGAACGAGCAUGGACAACUGAAGCCACCAGAGCUUUAAUACACAUACGUGGACCUAUGGAACACCUUUUUACAGAAGGACGACAAAAACGCACAGCCCUAUGGUUGCAUUGUACACGACAAUUGCAAAAAAUGGGUUUUCGUUAUAGUGCGGCCAAGGUACAAAAGAAAUGGCACAAUAUUUUAAUAACCUACAAUAAGAAUUUGUGUAAAAAAUACACUUCCGGCUAUGUGCAUUGGGAAUUUUUCGAAGAAAUGUUCAAAUAUCUACAGGGUAAAAGGGCACAUUUUGAUUUCCCUCCAAUUAAGAAGCAGCCACCACCAAUGCAAAUUAAAUCAUCGCCUACAGACAAUUUUAAUUUACAUUAUUUAAAUGCCAAACAGGAAGAAGUUGUACCGCAUCCGGUGGAAUUGGAUUCAAAAUCAAAUGAUGAUUUUGAUGAGGAAGACAGUACCACUAUGUCGGAUAUUAAAAAACCUAAAUUAGAAUUCAAUGAGGAUAAUCAUUAUGAAUAUCCUUUGGAAAUUAUUGAUUCCAAUAAUUACACACAACCGAAUUCCAAAAUGGAAGAGAUAGAGAAUGAAUUUUUAAAAAAUUUUGGCAAAGACCAACAUAUGCCCAUGCAUGUCGGUAAUAAUAGUAAUAACAAUAAUGGCUGGUGGCAGGAAUAUUUCGAACGUAAAUUACAAGUGGAACGUGAUAAGAUUGAACUCCAAAAGGAAAUGCAUCGCGAGCUAAUGCAAUUUAAUAAAAUGUCUUUGUUGCAACAGGAAAAAAUUGAACGCGUAAAAAUCGAAGCUAUUAAUAGUUUGACGAGUACUUUACAAAAAUUAGUAGAAGUUAAAUAUAAUAAACAGAAUUAAUACUUAAUAAUAGUAAUAAAAAAAUUAUAUUAUAAUUUUAAAUACAUUGAAUAUAUAUAUUUUUUAAUUAA